AUGAGCUAUCCAACAGGUAUGAACCGUGGUACAAGCAACCAUUUUAAUAAAGUUGCUUCUCAAAUGCAAGCUUAUUUAAAUAAUAAUUCUCGACGACCUGCUGCACAAUCUUACUCUCGACAACAAUAUGCACCGGCACGACAGCAAGAAAUACCUGGAGAAGCUAUAGCAUCGCAUCUUGUUCAAUACAGUGCUCAUAGAAUGGGUUUACCACCAGCAUUGGCUAAUGAAUUUAGUGGAAUAGCAAUGGGCUUAUUGCGAAAUGUACUUGCAUAA